AUGAAGUACCAGCUACUUUGUUGCGGGUCCAAUGGAUCGGGUCAACUUGGUGUGGGCAAUGUCGAUGAUCACAAUAUUAUCCAGAAGGCAGGAUUUUUGUCUGACGGAAAGGAUUUCAUAACGAGUAAGCAACCGAUACUGAUAGCUUGCGGAGGAAACCACACGCUCGUCUUGCUAGAAUCGAACGAAGUGUUUGCUACUGGUUCAAGCGAAAGCGGUCAGUUGGGGAUAGACACCCAGUCCCAGAUUAACAGAUUCUUGAAGCUAGACGGUCUAUGGAAGUUGGUUUCCUGUGGUUGGGAAUUCUCCAUCUUGGUUAGUAUGGACGGUGUCGUGUAUGUUUCUGGCUUGGGGUUGAAGGGAGAAUUGGGCCUUGGCAAGACGCAAACCAGAACAACAAAGCUAACUCCAAUCUCAUUUACUUUUCCUGAUAUGAUCAUUGAUGUGAAAUCUUCCAUGAAUCAUACGGUUGUUCGAUUGGCGAAUGGAGACUUUUACGGGUGGGGAGUUUCCAGAAAGGGACAGCUUGGAUUGACAAGUGAGAAAGUCUUAUGGACACCUACAAAACUAGAAUUCGGACUCAACCCAAGCAGCUAUACUGGGUACUCUGUAGGUAAGGAUUUUACUGUUUUGUACGGCGAUUCAGGGCUAAAGUUCUUUGGUACUCAAGAUAAAGUUCAAAGAUCCAUACAGGAGAAUACUGUUACCAUUAAGUCUUCCAAAGUAUUGUCAAUGUGGACCUCAAUUCAUAUUCUAGAUGGAAACAGGCUAAUUUCGUAUGGUAACAAUAGCCAUGGGCAACUAUUUCCAACUAAGACCGGCUUGCCAUUCAAAGAAUUUGCCGUUGGCAGCGAACAUGGACUUGCUCUAACCAAUUCCAAUAGUGUCUAUGCUUGGGGAUGGGGAGAACACGGCAAUUGUGGAGAAUACAGCGAAACAGAAAAUCGGGACGAGGUUACGUUCGAUUACUUGAAUAAGAUUUACGAAGGGGAUAAUUGCAUAGCAAUUGCUGGUGGAUGUGCAACUAGUUGGAUAGUUACUCAACUUGUAUAA